AUGUCGUCUGUCAGGGUAACCCAGAACUCCUGCAAGGUGUCCUCUGGUCCCCAGGCCUUCAACAGCUGGUCUUACACCAGUGUGCCCGGCGCCCGCAUCAGCUCCUCGGCCUUCUUCUGGGUGGGCAACAGCAGCAGCUUCCGGGUUGCCCUGGGCACCGGCAUGGGUAUGGUCGGGGGCUUCGGUGGGGCAGGAGGUGUUGGGGGCAUCACGGCCAUCAUGGUGAACCAGAGCCUGCUGAGCCCCCUGAAGUUCGUGGUGGACCCCAACGUGCAGGCCGUGCGCACCCAGGAGAAGGAGCAGAUCAAGACCCUCAACAACAAGUUUGCCUCCUUCAUUGACAAGGUGCAGGUCCUGGAGCAGCAGAACAAGAUGCUGGAGAUCAAGUGGAGCCUUCUCAACAUGGUCGAGAGCUACAGCAACAACCUCAGGCAGCAGCUGGAGAUGCUGGGCCAGGAGAAGCUGAAGUUGGAGGCAGAGCUGGGCAGCAUGCAGGGGCUGGUGGAGGACUUCAAGAUUAAGUACAAGGACGAGCUCCACAAACGAACAGGGAAGGAGAAUGAGUUUGUUCUCAUCAAGAAGGACGUGGAUGAAGCGUACAUGAACAAGGUGGAGCUGGAGUCCUGCCAGGAAGGGCUGACGGAUGAGAUGAACUUCCUCAUGCAGCUGCACGAAGAGGAGCUCCGUGAGCUGCAGGUCCAGAUCUUGGACACGUCCGUGGUACGGUCCAUGGACAACAGCCGCUCCCUGGACAUGGAUGGCACCAUUGCCGAGGUCGAGGCCCAGUACGAGGAGAUCGCCAACCGCAGCCGGGCCGAGGCUGAGAGCAUGUACCAGAUCAAGCGUGAGGAGCUGCAGGCCCAGGCUGGGAAGCAUGGGGAUGAUCUUCGUCGGACCAAGACGGAGAUCUCAGAGAUGAACCGGAACAUCAGCCGGGUCCAGGCUGAGAUCGAGGGGCUCAAAGGCCAGAGAGCGUCCCUGGAGGCCGCCAUCAUGGACGCUGAGCAGUGCGGGGCGCUGGCCAUCAAGGACACCAACAGCAUGCUGGCAGAGCUGGAGGCCGCCCUGCUUCGGGCCAAGCAGGACAUGACGCAGCAGCUGCACGAGUACCAGGAGCUGAUGAACGUCAAGCUGGGCCUGGACAUUGAGAUCGCCACCUACCGCAAGCUGCUGGAGGGCGAGGAGAGCCGGCUGGAGUCCGGGAUGCAGAACAUGAGCAUCCACACGAAGACCACCAGUGGCUACUCCGGUGGGCUGACCUCGAGCUACGAGGGCCUCACGAACCCUGGCCUCACCUAUGGCCUGAGCUCCCUGCAGUCCAGCCUCAGCCCAGGCGGGGGCUCCAGCUCCUUCUCCCGCACCAGCUCCACCAAGGCAGUGGUGGUGAAGAAGAUCGAGACCCGGGACAGGAAGCUGGUGUCCGAGUCUUCGGAUGUCCUGCCCAAGUGA